AUGGGCUGGUGGGGAAAAUCAUCCGACCCGAAGCCCGAGCAGCAGCCGCAGCAGCAAGAGGCGCCGAAAGAACAUGUCUUCGAUCCCACGCUUCCCAAGGCAGAGAAGCUGCCCAAGGCACUGCAGAAGAUUGUUGACAAGGCCGACAAGGAUGAGAGUUUCUUCGACAGCAUAAAGGAAGGACGGGCCCCCGACACCACCGAGAGCAACUUGCGAUAUGCCGCGUAUGCGACUCGACUUCGAACCAUUCUCCUGUCUGCCCAUCGAUACGUCGCCUAUACUUCGGACAUUGGCGAAUCGUUCCGACCCGUUGCGCAUCCAACCCUUGUUCGCUCUGCCUACGGAAUCUCGUGGCUCUACAUUCUAGGCGAUGUCUCGCACGAGGGAUACCGUGCCUACUGGCAGAACCAGCGGAUCCUCAACCCCCAGCUUCUGCUCAACUCUCACCAGCAAAGACUCUCUGGCCUCCCUGAAAAGGAGACCCGCAACAUUGCCCCAGGCGUAGUCCCCCCAUUGGAGGACUGGCGAACAGUCAUGGUGCAGAGAGCCAUCUUCCAGAGCGUCGCCAGUAUGGGAUUGCCGGCAUUCACCAUCCAUAGCAUGGUCAAGUACUCUGGAAAGGCCAUGAAGAAUGUCAAAAACGUCACCCUAAGGACAUGGGGCCCCAUUGGACUCGGCCUGUCUGUAGUUCCAUUCCUGCCCAGCCUCUUUGACAAGCCGGUCGAGGACGCUGUCGAGUGGGCAUUCCACAAGGGUUUUGAGCAGUUUGGGGGCAAGGCAUAUGUCGGGGAUUUGCCAACUACCGGCCGAGAGAAGCUGCUUAACAAGGAUCCCAAGAUCAAGGAGGAGUAG